AUGUUGCUGACUGGUGAGAUGGCACUAACUUCAGUGGAUUAUCUCAAUCGAACAUUUCCCCUCAUCUAUCCCCUUACCGUUCAACCACAAACUCCAUCUUCAGAUGCUCAAUCAAUCAUUCUCAUCACCAUCAUUGGCUGUGCUGUUGGAAUAGGGAUUGGCUUGAUUAGAAAACUCAUUGGUGGAUCUCGGCAAUGCAGAACUAUCAUCUUCGCUGAAGUUCACGAUAUACUGAAUGAGGAUUACGAAAUAGUGGAGGUCAUUAAUGUGUCUGUAUCAACUGGAAUGCAGGCCAUACUUAGCGAACAGGAAAAUAUGCAUUAUUUCAGUGUGAGAGCGUCUGUUCUUCAAAACUUCGCUAUGACUUCAGGAUCUGAAGAUGGUAAGCACUGCUACUCUUUUAAAGUUAUAGAAGAAUUGCCUCGUAUGCCAAAGGCCAUAAAACCUGAAAAGUGUGGAAGCGUCGUCAGAUGGGAGAACUACAAUAUUGUCCAUAAGGGAUUCACGCACAAAAGACUUGCUAAGAAGGAAAGAGUUCCGACGUGGACCAGCACAAUCCGAACUCCAGCGCCAGCAAUACUUUGCGGAUCGUGUCCAAUUAUCAACAAAUGGGCUUCCAAAAAGAUUACAACUUAUAAACUUUUGAAAUGA